UCUCUACUAUUAUUUUACAUAGGUGGAAAUGGAUAUUGUUGAAAAACUAGUAAAAAUGAUACCCUGUGAACAUGAAGAUCUACUGAAUAUCACCCUCCGACUUUUACUAAACCUAUCCUUUGACACAAGCCUGAGGAAUAAGAUGGUACAAGUUGGACUGCUUCCCAAACUCACUGCACUCCUAGGCAAUGAAAACUACAAACAAAUAGCAAUGUGUGUUCUUUACCACAUAAGCAUGGAUGACCGUGUUAAAUCAAUGUUUGCAUAUACUGACUGUAUACCACAGUUAAUGAAGAUGCUCUUCGAAUGUUCAGAUGAGCGGAUUGACUUGGAACUCAUUUCUUUCUGCAUUAAUCUUGCUGCUAAUAAGAGGAAUGUACAGCUUAUUUGUGAAGGAAAUGGGCUGAAGAUGCUCAUGAAGAGGGCUCUGAAGUUCAAGGAUCCAUUGCUAAUGAAAAUGAUUAGAAACAUUUCCCAGCAUGAUGGACCAACUAAAAAUUUAUUUAUUGAUUAUGUUGGGGAUCUUGCAGCCCAGAUCUCUAAUGAUGAAGAGGAGGAAUUUGUUAUUGAAUGUUUGGGAACUCUUGCAAAUUUGACCAUUCCAGACUUAGACUGGGAAUUGGUGCUUAAAGAGUACAAGUUGGUUCCGUACCUCAAGGAUAAACUAAAACCAGGUGCCGCAGAAGAUGACCUUGUUUUAGAAGUGGUUAUAAUGAUUGGCACUGUAUCCAUGGACGACUCUUGUGCUGCAUUGCUAGCCAAAUCUGGAAUAAUCCCUGCACUCAUUGAAUUGCUAAAUGCUCAACAAGAAGAUGAUGAAUUUGUAUGUCAGAUAAUUUAUGUCUUCUACCAGAUGGUUUUCCAUCAAGCCACGAGAGAUGUCAUUAUCAAGGAAACACAGGCUCCAGCAUAUCUCAUAGACCUGAUGCAUGAUAAAAAUAAUGAAAUCCGGAAGGUCUGUGAUAAUACAUUAGAUAUUAUAGCGGAAUAUGAUGAAGAAUGGGCUAAGAAAAUUCAGAGUGAAAAGUUUCGUUGGCCACAACUCUCAGUGGCUAGAGAUGGUAGAGAGUCGUCAGAUGGAUGAGAGUGAGCAGUACUUGUAUGGGGAUGAUCGAAUUGAGCCAUACAUCCACGAAGGAAGAUAUUCUCGAAGACCUGACCUUUUCUACAAUUCAG